GAGAGAGACUAGGGAGGAGUGAUUGGGGAAGGGGAGUUUGCAUUUUGCAUCUCCUGAUCCCAACAAAAAGAGUCUCAUAUAAAUUUUGGGGUCUUCCUUGGCCACUGAAUCCCAACAGGAGAGCCCUUUUGUCUUUUUUGAAGGUGUGUUAUUGUGCCUGAAAGGGCUAGUGGUGGCCAUACAGAAAACUAAAACAUACCGUAACUGAGGCCCUGUCUGCAGGAGGAUUGUCUUAAAAUUAAGAACCUGAGGAAGGAAAGCAAAAUGGAGGAAGACAGCAAUUGGGACUAAGCAGAGUGAACAAAUGCUUUUUGAGGACACUCUGGAAUCAAAAGCAGGAAGAAGGGCUGGUUUCAGGUGGAAGGGUUUCCAACUAAAAUGGGGAUGGGAAAAACUGGACCUCCAGGUGUUGUUGUCAACUCCCAUCGUCCUGGCCACUGACCAUGCUGAUUGCAGUUGGAGACCAACAGCACCUAGAGGGCUGCAGAUGUUCCCCACCCAUGAACUAUAGGAGGAUGCAACUGAUACAUGCAGAAUGGUGGGAGUGUAUACUGCAGGGAUGGGGGAACUUGAAGCCCUCCAAAGGUUUUUGCACUCCCAACUCCAAUCAGCCCCAGCAAGCAUGGCCAACACUCAAGGAUGAUGGGAGUUGGAGUCUAGCUACAUCUGAAGGGUUGUGGGUUCCCUUUGCUGGUAGAGAGAAAGAAGAGAAGAUUAAACAAGACACAGUGACAAGAGCAAGACCACAGAGAUGUUUGGGAGCGGAGGAGGGAGAACAAAUGGAAGAAGAAGGGCUAGUGCCAGGUCUUCUCAACCUGGGAAACACAUGCUUCAUGAACUCACUUCUCCAGGGGCUGUCUGCUUGUCCGUCCUUCAUCAAGUGGCUGGAAGGAUUCACAGUUCAGUACCAGGUCAGCCAGAGUGAGACGUCUGGGAAGCACCAGUAUCUGUCCCUGACCUUGCUCCACCUCCUGAAAGCUUUAUCCUGCCAAGAGGUGACUGAAGAUGACUUCCUGGAUGCAAGCUGCUUGUUGGAGGUCCUGAGGAUGUACAGGUGGCAGAUCUCCUCUUUCGAAGAGCAGGAUGCUCAUGAGCUGUUCCAUGUCCUCACCUCCUCGCUGGAAGAUGAAUGGGACCGUCAGCCGCGAGUCGUGCAUCUGUUUGAUGUGCAUUCGCUGGAGAAGCCAGAAAUUCCACAAAAGCAAAUAUGCUCCAGGACAAGAGGGCCUCCUCCUCCUCCUGUGUUGAGUCACUGGAAGCUGCAGCAUCCUUUUCAUGGCAGGUUAACGAGCAACAUGGUCUGCAAGCAUUGCAAACACCAGAGUCCCCUCAGAUACGACACUUUUGACAGCCUUUCCCUGAGUAUCCCUGCCACCUUGUGGGGCCACCCACUGACCCUGGACCAGUGCCUCCACCACUUCAUCUCCACUGAGUCAGUCAAGGAUGUCUUGUGUGCCAAUUGCACAAAAAUUCAGGCCGAAGGGACUGGGCAAAUCAUGGAGAACCAGAGAACAACAUUUGUCAAACAGCUAAAACUGGGGAAGCUCCCUCAGUGUCUCUGCAUCCACCUGCAAAGGCUGAGCUGGUCCAACCAUGGCAUGCCCCUGAAACGGAACGAGCAUGUGCAAUUUGGCGAGUUCCUCAUCAUGGACGUCUACAAGCACUGCUUCCCCGCCCAGAAGCCCAACCCUGCAGGCAGCCCACAGGCAUCACUGGACCCAAAAGCCGAUGUUGAACAGAUGGGCAACAACAGGUCCUCUUUUAUGAAUGGCACCUGCUCUCCAUCCUUCCUUACAUCCCCAGUAGCUUUCCCAUACAUGACAGCACCUGACUGUAGUUCUCCAUCAUAUCUGUACCGCCUGAUGGCCGUUGUGGUCCACCAUGGGGACAUGCACUCAGGACACUUUGUCACAUAUCGCCGAUCUCCACCGUCUUGCAAAAGCACGCUGGCCACCAGCAACCAGUGGCUGUGGAUUUCAGAUGAUGUGGUUCACAAGACCACGUUGCAGGAAGUCCUUUCGUCCAGCGCCUAUUUACUCUUUUACGAACGUGUCCACUCUAGGCUGGAGCGCCAAAGGCAGGAGCAUCGAGCCGAGGAGUGAAAUGAAUGGCUGGGCAAGUGCAGAUCCAGCUGGUGUGCUUUUCUGAGGACAAUUGCACGCCCCGUCCUGCCAUGCAAACGUCUUCCCCUACCUAUAAACCCCUGGUCAGUGGUCUGUGUUUGCGUGGCAGGAACAAGCACUUUGUAUCAAAGCAGGGCUACCUAGUUGGUCAGCUGACAUUGUGCACUCCCCUCACCCCCUGUGGCUAUGCACAGCAGCAUUAGAAAGGUGUUUUUUAAGUGUUAAUAAUUUUCUCAGCAGACAGACUUAAAGACCUAGCAUCUCACUUCCUGUGUAGUGAUGGAAUUUCUUAGUGUUGAUCUCUCACCUCUUGCAACAGGCUGUCAGAUGAGCUGUUGCAAGGAACUUGUCCUAGUGAAGAAGAAAAGAGAACCUACAAGUGCCUUGAUCAUAUUUUGAAUCCAGACAGGACUGGCUGUGUCAAGCGUCUUACCAUGUGGCUGCUUACCUAAAAUUUCCAAGGGGGAGCAGGCAGUGGUGUGAGAAUGCGUGACUUGGCUGUGUAGCUGGGAAUCUACUGCUGACUCUUCAUGUGGCAGUUUCAAGUAUGUGUAUGCAAGAGAAAAGCAGAAAGUGUCCAGUUUCUUUCUGCCUUCAGUGAUGUUUUAAUGACUUUGUCAAAAUGAUGAUGCAAUGAGCUGAUAAUUAUGUCACAUUUUCUCUUAAGAGUCCAGCUUGGCAAGAAAUGGAACAGCUUUUCCUGUUUCUGGGUGGUUCUAUCACCAUCCCAGGAAAAACCCUCUUCUGUGUCUUGGUUUGAAGUCUUCAAAUUUUUGUACAUAAUAAACCUGUUUCUGCCAAAUGUAGACUGCUGUUUUUGCUUAAACAGUUUUGUGUUGGUAUAAGUAAAAACAUGUUCAUGUCUAUGUGAACUGGUCUUCUUGUUGCAUAAAACUAGAUAAAAGGACCCUGGCAUGGGUGUCACACACCCUAAAGGGAACACCCCAGUGUUGACAACUGCGGCGGUCCUUCUUUGCCCUUAUGCUACCCUGCAUCCCCUGGCCUUAGCACCUGUAGUAGAAGCACAGUCUGCCAGAAACUCUCAGGCUAGGAUUUGUGGCAAUUAUUCCUUUCCCUUCAAAUUGUUGUAGGUUACAAACACAAUGACUCUCAUGGGCAGCAAUUAGUCACAAUAGGAUCUUGGAUUUACUACUCAUUUCAAUAACGUGUGGCAGAAAAUCUACCAAUCUCCUUUCCAAGGAGCUGUAUAUUUUAACUUUUGCCUUUUGGCUAUGAGAAGUUUCCUUCGUGCUGCCAGAGUGAACUUCUGCUGCACAGCCCUGAGGGUUCAUAGAUAGGCCCAGCCUUAGCUUGCUAUGGCUAUUUCAUGACUUGUAAAGGCAGUAAAUAUAGGACUAGGUAUCCAGGAGUCACCCACACCCCUCUCCCCUUUUAUGAGGCUCAAAAACUGCCCUAAGGGCUCCCCAGAGUGGGUUGGUUAUGGUGGCAUGCAUCAUACUUACAUUAAGCUUUGUUAACAGGCAGGAAACUACCGGUAGCUAUUUCUUCCCCACCUGUGGCCAUCUGCCACGGCUGUUUCCAUAACUGAGUCCUUAACAACCAAACCAACCAGGAACGCUGCUUUUCACAGUAUCACUGGAGUGUAAGCCUGAAGCUAAGAUGCCUCUUUUGCCUUUAUCUUGCUGUACCCCACUAUGGGUUGUAGCCAACUAUGACCUACGACCUACUCAGAGGAGACCCACUGAAAUCAAUGUCCAUUAGGCAUGACCUUUAACUUAAAUGGGACUACUGUAAGUAGAUAUAGCACCAGCUACAGCCCUUAUGCUUUUGGAGUCAUUCCAGAAAUAAUGUUAGAAGAGGGCCUGACCUUUGUUGCCUUUGCUCUUAGGUCAGUUGGAUGAUGAACAAAACUCCGUCUUGAGAUAUUCUAUAACAAAUCCAUUGAUCUGCAAGAUUUCACCCUCCUUGCCUGGUACUGCCUCUUGUAAGACUUGUGUGAUGCCACCCCUCUCCUCUUCCUUCCUUCCUUUAUUACCCACUUGCUUCUUUCCUGGGUUGCUUUUAGGAGGGUGGGGACUGGCUCCCUUAUGGUCUGGAAAAUACUACAGUAAAUAAAUGGAUGGUCCUACAGGAGAGAUCCAAAGAAUCCUUCAGUUAAAGACUUAAGACUUUUAGCCCAAUAUGAGCAAGAAAAUUGAUUAACUGUCAUCUACCGUUAAUACCGUCCCUAUCCACAACUACUAAGCAAACUGAACUCGUUCCAAGGGAC